AUGCAACCCGAAAAAGUUAGCAAUAGCUCUACCCAUAAUGAAGAUGAAAAAAAUACUGUAAAGAAGCUCGAAAGGCAUUUAGCGUGUACAGAUGGGCAGAAUCAUUAUCAGACAUGUUCAGGUGAUGAUUGCAACCAAUGCGACUCAAGUGAUUACGCAUUAACAUCGUCAUCACCAGUAGUUUGCUCGCCUAAAUGCAAUUUUAUCGACUAG